AUGACUGCCUGCAAGAACAUACUCAUUCUCAGUCUGUGUGCGUUCGCAGUGCAGGGUAAUUUAUUUGCUAGCCGGUUAUAUAGAGAAAUCGCGGGUACAGUAGACUCCGACCGCAAUAUCGUCAUCUCACCUGCCGCCCUGCGCAAUGCGCUGGCCGCCAUCUUUGGAGCCACACAGGGCCACACUGCCGCCAUUCUGAAGGAUGCUCUGCAGCUGGAGGGCAGUACCUUGGCCGAGGCUUUGGCAGCUCUGCACAUCCCCAAGGUGUCCAAAGCUCAGAGCGCAUUGAUGAUGCGCUUUGCAAAUCGACUGUUUCUGCCGGGAGAGCUCGACGUAUUGGGCAGCUAUGAGGAAUUGAUUUUUCGCCCGCUGAACAUGGACGUGCGAAUUAUAGAUUAUAGUGACUCGGCGAUAGCAGAAACAACAAUCAAUACCUUUUUGGAACAGAAUACGGAAAACAAAAUUUGCAAGAUUAUGAUGCCAAAGUCUGGAGAGAAAGCCAACAAACUCAUGCUUGUCAGCGCUGCUUACUUUAAAGCUCAGUCCACACAUCUCUACGGUAAAUCAUUUCAAAUGCCAUUCUUUUACGAUACGACGAAGCAGAUCCAGGUGAUGGGCUUUAAGCAGAAGGAGAUCUUCCGUUUCGGAUACCUGCAGAAUCUGCGUGUGUCGGGUGUGGAGCUGCCUUUUAAGGACACAAAUCUGACAAUGCUGAUAUUGCUUCCCAACGACUACACUGCCAAUCUAACUCAGAUCGAGAACGAGCUGGUGAACUACGACUUGCGUAACAUAAGCCAUAAGUUCAAUAUGCAAACCGUCUUUGUUACACUACCCAUCUUUAAAGUGGACUUCGAUAUUCAGCUGCAGGGCGUGUUCGAAAAUAUGGGUCUGGGUUCAUUAUUCGAUGGCUCAGCCAGCUUUGCUGGGAUGACGACUGGAAAAGGGCGAUCCCUGCAGCUGUCGGACGUGUUGCAUAAGGGAUACAUUGAAUUCAACGAGAACGGGGUAGAGGUGGCUGCUGGGGACCUCGCUACACAGAAACAUAGGUCCUUUCAAUCCUUUAAUCCGGCUAUUUAUUUUACCGCAAACCAUCCUUUCAUAUUCGCUAUAAAAGACGCGACUCGGGUCUACUUUAUGGGCCGUAUAGUUAGGCCAACGGUGAUAGACUCCGUGGAAUUACAAUCUAUGAAAUCAUAAUCAGCAGUUCUAGGUACUCUAACUCUACUCUCUUAAAGUCUAAACUGAAGUUUUCAUGUGGAGUUUUAAUAUGCGAAACCGUUCCUUAAUGCCAUUAAGUUAUUUAAAAGGAAAUAAAAAUUGCUCCACGCUUAAGGUA